UUCAAACGCAUCGUUCUGAACGCGUCAUCAGUCUAGAAAAAUCUGCUGAAUCGAGUUCGUUGCUGUUGUUACAAAAAUAAAUAUUUUCACGUAUUCUGGGACUACUUUCUUCACCCGGUGUGGUACUUAAAAAGAUGACUGAAAACCAAAUCAUUUCGCCUGCUAAUACAAGACCAAAAAUAAAACACGAUUGGUAUCAAACCGAGGCCCAGGUGGUUAUAACAGUACUUAUAAAGAAUGCACCCAAGGAUAAAGUCAAAGUUCACUAUGGGGAACGAAGUUUAUCCCUAUCCAGUGUAAUCCCAGACUCAGACUCCGAAUACAGUCUAGAAUUGGAUCUAGCGCAUGAGAUCGUGCCCUGCAUGUGCGCGCAUGUCGUCACCCCCUCCAAGAUUGAGGUGAAGCUUCGGAAGAAGGAAGGAUUGAGGUGGACCCAACUGGACGGAGAUAGGAAAGAGGAUAGUGUUAAAGCUAUACCACAGGCCGUCAUUGACGCGUCUGGACCAAAGCAGCCGCCGAAACUAUUCAAAAAAGACUGGGAUAAAAUUGAACAGGAUAUUAAGAAAAUGGAAGAAGAAGAGAAACCAGAAGGCGACGCGGCUCUAAACGCUCUCUUCCAGAAGAUAUACGGAGAAGGAUCCGAUGAAGUCAGAAGAGCUAUGAAUAAGAGUUUUGUGGAAUCAGGAGGCACUGUACUCAGCACAAAUUGGAACCAAGUUGGUCAAGACAAAGUCGAGAUGAAACCGCCAGAUGGCGUUGAAUUCAAGAAGUGGGAAUAGAAUAAUGUUAUUAAAUGGUAGAUUUUAUAUUAUUAUAUCUAUAUGCGAGCGAGGUGAGCAGGGUUGCGAGAUGCGAAAAUAAAAAAUAUAGUAGAAAAAUGUAUAACAGUUGGAUUUUUUUUUGUAGUGUGUCUAUACUAUUAUUAUAAUUCUAAAUACCUUUUCUUAGUCAAAUGCUUUUGCUUUCUAAGAUAAUCUAGUCUUGUAGAGGCAUGGAAGACUGCAUGGAUACCCGAGUGGUUGAGGUCACCACGCUAAACCCACUGAGCGCGGCGUGUCGCGGGUUCGAUCCCCGCGUAGGACAAGCAUUUGUGUGAUCUACGAAUGCUUGUCGUGAUUCUUUGUGCAUGUAAUUUGUAUGUUUGUGAAACCCUCUGCGAUACAAGAAAUCAAUUCCUCAAUGGUUAUAAUAUAAAAGGUAGUUUUUAACAUGCCAAGACAGGGAAAAUUUUGCUUAAAAGCCAAUUUUACAAUAAGAUUAUUUUUGAACACGCCUUGACACUUAUCGAGCGCUCAAAUGUAUAGAAACAUAGAUGCACGCGUAUUUAUCGGGAUUGAGAUAAGAAGCGGCGGGGUUGCGAGUCGAACUUGUAACAAUAAAUGGUAAGUUUCGACUCGCGACCACUCCGCGUCUGCUCAUAAUUAAGGACUCCGGUUGGGUCCAAAACUAGUCGGGCGAUCCCGAUAAAUACGCGUGAAUAAACCGUUGCAUCAUUUAAUAAUGAAUCAUUCUCGAGAUAGUUAUAUACUUAUACAAAAAUAUGAGGAGGUUAUCGUUAAGAGUGCUUUGUAUCCGGUAAUCUGCAUUUUCUAUAAUUUCUUAUAGCCCUGCUUACCCAAAUAACUUCCAAAUAGCUUAAAUAUAAUUAUGUUUGUGUAGAACUGACCAAACUACUACACUGUUGUUUAUUUAACAAUAAAGAUUUUUACAAUU